AUGACGAGCGCAGAGAAAAAAGUGCAUGAAGUUUUAAAUUUCAUCGUCAAAGAGAAAUUCCCUAACGCUUACGAUGUAAAAAUUAAACCCAUUACCAGUGAUGGUGCAAACUACACCUCAGGUUUGUACGAGGCUUCUAUUGCUACUCCUGAAAGUACUCUUCAAUUAUUUGUAAAAGCCGUCUCAAUGGGUUCUCUCGUCGACGCAAGCAAGCACGUAUUUCGCACAGAAACGAUCGUCCUCACAACAGUAUCAAACGCUUUCGAAAGAUCGCAAGACGAACAUGCGAUAAUAGAAAGAUUUACAUUCCCUAAAUUCUACAAGAGCGUAGAUAGAAUCAUAGUGAUGGAGAACCUAGCAUCUAAAGGAUACGAAGUAUAUGAUAGAUUCAAGAGUAUUGACUGGAAAUAUGCAUCCAAAUCUGUGGAAGCUUUAGCCAGAUUUCAUGCACUUUCUUUAGCUUUCAAGAACGAAUAUCCAGAGGAGUUCAAGAAAGUUGUGAAAGAGUUAGAAUUCCCUAGGGCGAUUUUCACAGGCCCUCAUUUGGAAGGUAUAAGCGAUGGGGCUAUGGCAGCUGUUGAUGAAGAAGACAGAGAUAAACUCUCUAAGCUCCUUGAGGGGUCUGAGGGUCUCAGUAAAAAUUUGGAUUUGAGUGAACCUCGGACUACGACAGUGAUAAUUCAUGGUGAUUUCCGCCCAAGUAAUUUAAUGUAUAAACACGUAAAUGGAGAAUAUCACGUGAUUCCCGUGGACUAUCAAUUGUCGAGACCAGGGUGCCCGGUGGCUGAUCUCCUUUACUUCAUCUUGAUGAGUUCCGAUCAACAGUUUCGGAAGCAUCAUUUCCACCAGCUGGUAGACCACUACUACAAACAUUUGGCUUUGAUGAUGGAGGAUCUUGGUCUGCAGCCAGAUGAUGUGUAUGGGAGAGAAGAAUUUGAAAGCGACAUGAAAGCGAAACUGCCUAUAAGCCUCUGCGUGGCGGCGUCGUCACUGCCGUUCGCGACGGCGGACGCCGACAGCGCUCCGAACUUCGAGCGCGGAGAGUGCGUGCCGGGCGUGAACAAACUGUUCGUCGAACGGUUCCGCGAACUGGUGCAGGAUUACACGGAGUGGGGGAUUUUAUAGACUAAAGUGAUAU